UUAAAGUUCAUGAGACAUAUUUGGUUAGGGGUCUAUUUCUAUGGCUAAUUGAUUAGUUUGGUAGUAGUAGAGGCGCUUACCCACCAAAACGUGUUUCCACGGGAACUCUUUGGGUCAAAAUUGAAGAUUCAACACCGAAAUGAAGUAGUCAUGUGAUGUGAUGCCAAAUUCUAAAAUAUAUGAUGUGAUAAUGACCAAAUAUUAUUCGGCCGACAAACGACGACCCUUCCAAAAACCAGAAUGUGUCCUUUUGACUUCUAUAUUUUGCCCCCUUCAUUUUCCUUCCUUGAAUUCCUCUUUUUUUCCCUUCAUACAAAAACAAAAAACAAAACAAAAAAUGUUCUUUCUUGCUAUGUUUGUGGAAGAAGACAGAAUCGGAAAGCAAUGCUCCUUUGAUCUAACAUUACUGAGAAGGGAAAAUUGCGAAGGUUUUCGAAAACUCGAGUUGUUCGAAAGAUAUUCAGUUAUGGAUCUAAUUAAUGAGACUAACGAUGAUAAUUCGUUACCUGAAAGUUGUAAUUCAAUUAGCUGAGUGUUGGAUCCAUUGAAAACUCGGUUGAAAGUAUCUUUUUUUGUUCUUACGAGAGCAAAAAAUGUACAAGCAUGCAUACAAAUUAAAAUUACGAGACCGAGCAGGGUAAUUAGUAAUUACGAUGUGGUCUUAGUGAAUCCACAUUUUGACAAUCAUAUUUUGAAAGAUAAAUGCUAUUGUUCCAAAAAAUCGCAUAUUUACUUCGCAUAAUAACACGUGAAAAACGAUACAAAUAAAUUGCUUUUAAAUCCUGUAAUCUCAUAUUAUCGUUAUUGUAACGAUAUCGUUUGAACUGCAAAUUUGUCGAUUCAAUCUUCAUUCAUAGUGGGUUAUAAGUUGACUCUUUUGGCUUUCAAAACCUUCCCCAUGAUUCAUGGCUUACCUAAGCAACUUGCAAUUUAUUUCCACAUGAACAGUUUGCGGCUUCUUUAUCAAGUGGGAUUUGUGUCGAAGGAGUAGUGGUACGAUUUGGAUCCCACUAGGGAUUUCUUUUCACCGACUCCAUUUUCUUCUUACUACACUUUUGGAGAGUGCAAAUCCGUCGCUUAAUACAAAGGAAAUGUUCUUUUCUUCUAGAAUUAUAUUCGUGGCACAUUUUUAUCUAUUUUGGAUUGUAAUUUUGUGCAUGCAGGCAUUCUAGCUUACAUGGUAAGAAGAAGAAAAAAAACAUAAAGAUAAAUGUGUACAAAGUUCUGUUGAAAAGUGACUAGCCAUUUCAGUUAUGAUAAACUAAUCAAAUAUCCAAAUUAAUGAUUGAAAAAUGGAUAAUGAGGGUUGAAGAGGGUUAUUUAAGGGUCCUUUGUGUGCAUAUGAGGAUUGAGGUUUUAACCUCGGGAAACUUUCGUUACCGUCGAUAUGUACGAGUCUCAACAACGAGCGUCGAUAUGUAAUUCUAAAUUACUUGUUUAUUGAAUUAUAGUACGAAUCCCAGGAGCAGACGUCAGUUAACUAUAAAUUACUUUACUGAUUGUCAUUCAAUAACGAACAUCUCUCAUACUUCGUGUUUGUUAUGCUUCAAUAUUAAACAUCAACCACUCCUGCAUCGUCAAACUUUCGUUACCGUUGCACUAUGUCAUUCUCUCUCUAUGCAAUGUACACCGUCAUUUCACUAAAAAAACUACGUCCACCCCACUACACAAAAUUGAAAAUUGCUCCAUUCGAAAAAUAUAUAAGAACAAUCAUUCAAAUUACUCUAGUAACCAAAGUACCAAGCAUCAUUCCGAACAUGAAAAAUGGAAGAUAAACCCCCAAGAAACCAAUCCACUAGGGUCCAUUUUCCCACCAUUCCUUUGUUUUUAGCAAAUAAUCGAGAAGUGGAAAACUCUUUUCUUGGAGUAGAAACCGGAAAUUUGGUCACAUGGUUUUUGAUUUCCAGGAUCGUGGUAACAAUACAAUGUAUACUUUGACGUCUUCUUUUCUUUGUGGGGUUUAGUCUUUCUAUUCUCCAUCUCUAUCUCCAAUUCUCUAUCCAUCCAUCUUCAUCGGUUUGUUUAUUUCUUGGACUGUAGCCAUUUGCCUUCACUUUUGUCAUUUGCUCCCGAGCCACACAGCGCCCGCCGUCGGCCCCAUGUUACGUUCCUCGCACCUUCAUUAAUCUAAAGCUGUAUUUCUAUUCUAUGGCCAGUUCUAGUCUUGUCGUGAAUCUCGUUCUUCAUUACAUUCUUAGUCUACUGAAAUUAAGGGGUGGUUUGCUUGUUGGAUUUGGUACCCAAAUCCCAAGCUUGAUGGAUUUAACAUAAGUCCAUUGUUUGUUGAAGGUGUUAAAUCUGUGGGGUCCACGGAUUUGGUCUUUAUUUUGGAACCAAAUGCGUGGACCCCACGGACUUGUAAAUCCCACAUAUUAAUUUGGGAUUUGCAAAUCCUUGAUGGUUAGUUAUUUAUUUAACGAAUCCAUCACAAAUCCAUCAUCAAAUAUAUCAUACAAACAUUAGACUCUACAAAUCCAUAAUCCAAUAAAUCCAACAUAAAUCCAAGGUUUUUAUUGGCCAAAACCCUCAUUUUUCAAAUCCAACAAGCCAACAACCCCUAAGGCCCGAGUAUGUUUCGAUUCUGAUUUCCGAUCAGAUCAAUGUUGUCCCAAAAAAAAAAAAAGAACUCGUGGUUAUUAAUUAUUAGUUAGAUUUGGAGACGCGUGCUUGAUGGUUAUAAUUUAUAUAUACGACUUGGACUAUUUUUUGUAUGAUUUGUUCUUCUUGAGUUCUCAUUCGUUUGUUGAAGUAGUAAACUAGUCAGUAAGGUGCAAGGUGCAAGGGAGGAAGAUUGUUCAUCAUGCAUGCACCUUACUUGUUCGACUUAUUACUGCUUCAACGAGUCAACAAUACUUGUUUUACGAGAAUCGAAUCAGACUUAAUUUAUUUUUAUUCGCAUUGUAAACCUCGUUUUCUUUUUGUUUUCAAUCGAAUGAAAACCUAACUCGUGUUCCGUUCAAUUUUAAAUCCGAGACCCUAAAAACAACUCAUGAUUAGUGGCAAAUGGGGUUUGGAAAAAUGUUUGGGGAAGUGCUUGAUGGGUUCUAUACAACUUGCCCAUUUUUUCUUAGGUCUUUUUGUUCAUCUUUGGGGACAAUGAAGAAUGAUUUUGUUUGUUGUGAUAAUUUUGAGGAGUAAAUGAGAGCCCUCUUCUCUUCUCCUCUCAUCCUGUCAUCCACAUCUUUUAUUGCUUGGUGUGAGCAUGUUUUUUUUACAAAUACAAUCCAUACUUUUCUACUUCACAAGGUGUACAAAAGAAAAUGCAUGCCCAUCAUGUUUUCUUGUUUGUUUCCAAUGCUUUAUUUUUUUUAAUUAUCUAAUUUUUACCAAAUGAAAAGUAAUGUAUUUUAAAUUAGCGGCGACCUUUUGUAAUUUGUAUAUAUCUCUUUUGUUUUUGCAGUUGAUAUGAAAUUUGAAUAAACUACCAGCAGGGCAUUCGAUAGCUCUUCCGUCCAUCAAUCCUUUGCCAACAUGUACGUGUGAAGGUUGUACGUGCGGGGUGCAAAAGCGAUUGGCGAAAUCCGAGAGAAAGAGAUGUUCUCCAUCGUGGCGAUGGUCAGUGGAUUCCGAAUCAUGAAACCUCCAUCGUGGUCCAAGAGGAACGGGGAGGAUCGCGUCCGGGACAGCGCCGGCAGUGCGGCGGGGCAUCAUCGGCCAGUGCGACGGGGAUCUCGCCCGGGACAGCGUCGACCAGAGCGGCGGGGAUCGCGACGGGAACAUCGUCGGCCAGUGCGGCGGGGAUCUUGGCGCGGACACCGCGCUGACGGAGGCGAAGACGACGGCGGAUAUGGAGCGCCGCUUGGAUCAUCCGCACACCGUGGAGAAAGAAGAUCAGCAUCUUCGACGAGCAGUAGCUAGGGUUUUCACUUUUGGGGGAGAGAUGGUAAAACAGUAGCAGUAGGGUUUUCGUGGUAAUAAUAUCUGAUUCAAUUACCGGAAAAAAUAAUAUCUGAUUUACAUAUAAUAUAUGCUGAAAAGAAGUCUAACGCACCGCUUAGGGGUGAACAUAUCAACCCGUAAACCGAUCCAACCCGUCAAUCCAAACCGACCCACCCGUAUAACCAUUAAGCUACAAAAUAUAUGGUCGGGUCCGGAUUUGUUUAUUGUAACCCGCCUAUAUGCUCGGCCGGAUUCAGUUUGGGAAUAGUCCAACCCGAGAAUCCGACCCACCUGCAAGUCAUCAAUUCUCACAAGCUCAAGGUUAUCCACUGUAAGUCCUUUCCUUUUCCCACGUUCCAGUUGUUUGAGUUUCUGCAUCAUCCCAUUUUAAUCUUCUUUUGUAUCAUGAAAGCGAUGGAGGUUUCAUGAUACGGAAUCCGCUGACCAUCGCCAAUCUCUUAUACUUCGUGUUUGUUAUGCUUCAAUAUUAAACAUCAACCACUCCUGCAUCGUCAUACUUUCGUUACCGUUGCACUAUGUCAUUCUCUCUCUCUGCAAUGUACACCGUCAUUUCACAAAAAACUACGUCCACCCCACUACAUAAAAUUGAAAAUUACUCCCUUCGAAAAAUAUAUAAGAACCAUCAUUCAAAUUACUCUAGUAACCAAAGUACCUACCAAGCAUCAUUCCGAACAUGAAAAAUGGAAGAUAGACCCCCAAGAAACCAAUCCACUAGGGUCCCAUUUUCCCACCAUUCCUUUGUUUUUAGCAAAUAAUCGAGAAGUGGAAAAAACUCUUUUCUUGGAGUAGAAACCGGAAAUUUGGUCACAUGGUUUUUGAUUUCCAGGAUCGUGGUAACAAUACAAUGUAUACUUUAACGUCUUCUUUUCUUUGUGGGGUUUAUUCUUUCUAUUCUCCAUCUCUAUCUCCAAUUAUCUAUCCAUCCAUCUUCAUCGGUUUGUUUAUUUCUUGGACUGUAGCCAUUUGCCUUCACUUUUGUCCUUUGCUCCCGAGCCACACAGUGCCCGCCGUCGUCGGCCCCAUGUUACGUUCCUCGCACCUUCAUUAAUCUAAAUCUGUAUGGUUUGUUCUUCUUGAGUUCUCAUUUGUUUGUUGAAGUAGUGAACUAGUCAAACAAGUAAGAUGCAAGGUGCCAGCGGCGGAUCCAGAACACAGAAGAGCACUGGGCCGCAUUUCAUUAGAAAAUUAGAACCGUAAAAAAAAUAUAAUGAUUAUAGUUUUUUGCAAUGUAAAUUGUACACAACUGUAUUUUAGUUUAGGGAAUGCAUCAAUAAUGAAGUCUACAUCCAUACCAAUAGUAUACACUGUUUCAAAUAAAAUACUUGAGCAAUCGACGAGAAAUUCAUCGCUCAUUUUGUUGAUCAAGUCAGUUCUCACAUGUUUCAUUGUUAAAAAGGUUCUCUUCAUAGUAGCUGUUGAAACGAGCAGCAUCAACACUAGAUAAAUCAAUCGACUAAUCAAUUUACAUUGUGUGUCCAUCCCUGCACACCAGCUGCUUUAGUAAAUUUGUAAGGGAACAAACCUCAUAUUUCUUUUAGUCUUUUACGUUUUUAACUUUUUAGAAUUUUAGGUUUCAUUGUUUUUUUAAGACGCAUAAUCUUUGGGGCUAAAAUGUCUAGGCUAAAUUUAGAAUAGUGAUUUGAAUAUGUUCAACUUGAUAAUUUUUCUAGUUAAACCCAAUCUUAUAAUGGAAUAACACUGGAUUGAAUGUCUAAAAUCAAAAAUUUCAUAAGGACUAUAGUAACUACGGAUCCCGGGGAGGACUGGGCCGGGGCCUGGGGUGGCCACCCCCUGGAUCCGCCAGUGCAAGGUGCGAGGGAGGAAGAUUGUUCAUCAUGCAUGCACGGUGCACCUUACUUGUUUGACUUAUUACUGCUUCAACGAGUCAGCAAUACUUGUUUUACGAGAAUCAAAUCAGACUUAAUUU